UUCCUUAUUCCCACCCACACGUAAACUCAAGUCGGGCCAAUUCAUUGCGCCGUCUCUCUUGAAUCGUAUUGAUUCGCUAUCGUUUCGUGGCCUAAAUCCUAUAUCGAUUAAUUACUGAUCAUCCAUCAGGUUUCAUGGCAACUCCAUUUCAACGAUCUUCUCGCAACUCAUGGUCCCAAGUCACGACUCUCAUACCGAGUGGAGCUGGUGUCGGUGAACGGGACACAACAAGACCGACCUAGCCGAAGACUGUGCAGGUAUUCAUCCUUGAUACCGAUCAUACCGAUCAUACCGAUCAUACCGUGCACCAAAUGGCAAAUAUCGGACCUAUCGAUCCUAGAUUGCAUGAUACACUCGACGCGCAGGACGUCAACUUCUCGCAACCUCGACCCCAAACCUCAAGAUCAACAUCCCAAAGUCAUGGUCCAAGUUCCAAUCAAAGCCCAGGACAACGAUCCGGUCCGCUAAAUCCAACACCCUACGAAGACCAUGAUGAUUCAUCGACAGAGUCACCAGAAGGAGUACAUGUGGGAGGAAUUGGCACCGAUCCAUCACAACCACCUGGAGAACAUCAAAAGAGACCACGAGCUUGUGAUUCAUGUCGACAACUCAAAGUUCGUUGCGCGAUCGACCCUGGAUCCGGUGAACCUUGCUUGAGAUGUAAGAAGGCAGGUCGGACAUGUAUUGUCACCCCACCGACUCGAAAACGACAGAAAAAAGCGGACAACCGAGUUGCGGAGUUGGAACGGAAGAUCGAUGCUUUGACAGCCACCCUUCAAGCGCAAUCGGGGAAUGUGCGCGAUGGAGACUCCAGGUCAGGUUCGGACAAUGAAGGGAGAUCCGUGGAUAUUCGAACAGACAAACGUAGACGCGUCGAGAGUUAUACCUCCCCUGAUCAAGAGCUACGGAUGGAGACAGCUACAUUGCCAAAUGGGGAAUUGGUUUACAAGAUGGCCAAAUCGGUGUUUGGAGACCAACCCACUCGUAAAACUCUCGACCAGGACACCAUUCGUUCACGUAUCGACAAAAUCGUUAGCCGAGAGUUAUCGAACCGGAUUUUCGAGAGGUACUGUCAAGAACAUAUGGUUCGAUUCCCUGCUGUAGCUUUCCCACCAGGAACCAAAGCCGACGAUAUCCGAUACACCAAACCCAUCCUAUUUCUUGCCAUCCUCAAUAGCACAUCCUAUCGAGAGGAGGUAUCCGUGGAAGUUCAAGAGGCGCUUCGAGUGGAAAUGGUGGAUGUAUAUGCGGUGGUGAUGUGGAAACAAGGGGAGAAGAGUUUGGAAUUGGUUCAAGCGUUACUCGUUUCUUCCCUCUGGUAUCGGAUCCCACCGGUUUUCGAGCAACAUUUGUUCUAUCAACAAAUCCACAUGGCGGCUAUCAUGGCGAUUGACAUCGGACUCGGAAAACGAAGAAUUCAGCAGCUCGACAAGAAAUGGUACGGGGACAGAAGUCCGUUUCGAAAACUCAAGCCUCCUCCGGAAUCGGCCGAAUCACGGAGAUCAUGGUUGGCUUGUUACUUCAUGUGUAUCAGUACUACUAUGGUCUUACGCCGACCGAUGCUCUUACGCUUCAACGAAUAUAUGCGGGAAAGUAUUGAGUAUCUGGAGACGGCUUCGGAUGCUUUACCGUCCGACAAGAUCAUUACUCGACAUGUGAGACUCGCUCAUAUUGCAGAGGAAGUGGCGGUUCAAUUUUCCAUGGAUGAUCCCUCUGCCAGCGUGUCCGUCUCCGACGCAAAGGUGACUUACGGCAUCAAACACUUUGAGAAGGAUCUUGCCGAGAUCCUUUCGAAACCCGAAGAGUCCACGGCUUCACAAGUGUUGGAACCCAUCAUCGACCUUUAUAUUCAUGAAAUCGCCCUCCAUAACUCGGACAUGGAUGAUUUCAAAAUCCCCCUCAACGUUCCGGAAUCAUUUAAGGGCGGUUACUCGAUUGCUGGACCUCAUCAUGUGGAUGCUUUGGAACGAAUCCAACGUGCGGCACAGAAAGAACUGGAUAUUUUCUUGUCUCUAGAUGUUGAGACAAUCAUUACAUUACCCGUCAUUUCUUCGGUUCGGAUCGUGUAUACCACCGUCGUCCUCAUCAAACUCUAUGUCGCAGCGACAAGUUCCGGAGAAAUAAGUCAGGUCAUCCACAAAAGCGAACUUCGGAUCGAAAGUUAUCUUCUCUCCAUACUCCAGCUCUUCCAAGGAAUUCAUGAUCGAAAUCAAGGCAUUCCUCACGGGAAGUUCUACUUGGUCAUUCAGCGCCUGAACGAUCGCUUCAUUUCCCUCAAACGUAGCGAAGAUCCACGUGGUCACCCUCAAUCACGAAGUGGUCCAUCCGAACCGACUCCUUCAUCCCACGGUCUACAACUCCUAAGCGAAGUCGCCAUGUCCGGAACUACUCAUCCUGUGGGCAUGCAGGGACGUCCACUCGCUGGGUUAGCCCCGGUGAAUAGUGACUGGUUUGCACCACCGGGAAUGGCAGGCGUUUCUAGUCUGGAUCCGGCCUUCCAAUGGAACAAUCUACCUACGGGGAUAGAUUUAAACGACAUGUCAAUGGGAGGCAUGUUGGGAAGUAUGGGACUCGACGGGAUAUUAGAUGGUGGGUUAUUUGCGGGUGACCCCAUGUGGUCGAUGCAGGAUUCGUUUGCCACAUUCCCAGGUGGUCCAUGGCCGAAUCCGGGGAUGUGAACUUGCGGCGAAUAGACGAGAGUAAUCACCAUUAUGUCCGAAACAUCUCCGAUCCAUCAGAUAUGAUAGCGGCCUCGAUAGUCGCUGAUGAAACCAUGGGCUUGUACGAUAAGGUUUAAGGGGCAUAGAUCAAUAAUGAAAGCAGCUCACGCUGCAAAUACUACUCAAG